AUGAAGCCGAUCGUGAGCGCGAUGCAAGCAUGGUCUUGCGUCGUCAUUUCAACAUUCGCAAUCAUCAUCCUGUCGGUCCUCGGACUCCUGUUCAAGGGUAACCAUCCCGAGCUUGUCGGCGGCGACGAGGACCCGGAGAAUGGGCCGGAAGUUGCGGCCACAGUUUUCACCGCCGUCAUCAUCUACGCUGGAUUCCUCGUUUUCUGUGGCUUCCAAGGCCUGCUGCAUCUACGCGAGAACCGGAGAGGCGCCAUCGCACUAUAG